AUGUCUCUCAUUCGCGUUUUACCAGGUCUGUGCGGCGGCGUUCAUAGUGGUUUGGCGCGCCGAAUUCGACGCACAUUAACGGAUCGCAAUGCGGAAGCGCAAACCAACAAGCUGGUUUGUAUCGGCGACAAAGCACGGUCGAUGCUCAGGUCAACCCACUCCGAACAUAUGCUACUGUCUGUGAAACAGAUUGGUCGCGUAAGUCCAGUAUUCAAGGAUGCUUCUACUGUAGCUAAUGCUAUUGCCGAAUCCGGAUUUCCUUACGACAUGGCUGAAAUCUAUUACAACAAGUACCAUAGCCCUGUUAAGUACGAAAUUACUACCUUACCUGUCUUCAACAAAUACGGUAUUGAGAUGGCGCCAAACAUAAAUGCCUUCGACGAUAUAGAAGAAGAUCAGCUGGAGAGUUACGCUGAAUGGACACUUGCAGCUUUGCUAUAUUACGCACUAAAGCAGGGCGCCGCUUCCGAACAGUCGGCCAGAAUGUCAGCUAUGGACAAUGCCACGAAAAACGCUGCCGACAUGAUCAGGAAUUUGUCGCUGCUGUAUAACAGGACCCGGCAGGCCGUCAUUACCAGAGAGCUCAUCGAAAUUAUAUCUGGUGCUGCCGCUUUGAAAUAA